CCGAGUACUAUGUAAUUGUUCGUCAAACACGUCUAAUGUAUUCAGGAACGCGUCUCGGGAGUUUUUCAGAAGAGUACCAAAGUAUUUUCGCUGUCUCUGCAGCGCCCCUGAAGCCGGACGCGCCGCCGGACUCGGGGGCCACGGUCCUGAAUCACUCCAUGAGCCUGGUGCAGCAGAUGGAGGGCCUGCUGGCGGCGGGGGACGGCAGCGACGUCGUCCUCCGCGUGCACACGGCCGGCACGGACGAGGUGAAGGUGAUACAGGCCCACGGCCUGGUGCUCGGCAUGCAGAGUGACGUCUUACGCGAGCUGCUUCUCGACCGCAACGGCAGCGCCGUGACGCUGACGGAGGCGCCCGACUGCGCCGCCGUCUUCGACAAGUUCAUCAGGUACUUGUACUGCGGUGACGUGUCCGUGCGACUGGACCAGGCCAUUUCCCUGCACAAGCUGGCAAGCAAGUACCACGUGUGGAGCUUGCAGCAGGGCCUGAGCCAGUACAUGACCCAACACCUGUCCAGCGACUCCCCGACGGGCCACGUGGUGGGCUGGUACAACUACGCGCUGCAAACGGGGGACGCGGCCCUGCGGGACGGCUGCCUGCAGUACCUCUCGUGGAACCUGUCGUCGGUGCUGCGGAGUCAGGAAUGGGUCUCCGUCAACGAGGAGCUGCUCCUGUCCUUGCUCCAGCGUUCGGAUCUCAUCGUGCAGAGCGAGCUGGAGCUCUACGAAGCCCUGGAGGCGUGGAUCGAGCGGAACCGGCCCGGGGGCAAGACGACGGAGACGGCCCUGAGGUCGGUCCGCUACGGCAUGAUUCCGCCUCAGUACCUCUUCCGGCUCCAGAAGCAGUCCCCGCUCAUGCAGAAGUAUUACGAGUCCAUCCGGGAUCUCCUGUACCUGGCCUUCCAGUUCCACUCGGCGUCCCCCGUCACCUUGGCCAAAUACUUUGACGUCAACUGCAGCAUCUUCACGCCCCGCAACUACCUGUCCCCGUCCUGGGGCUCCCCGUGGAUCAUCAACAACCCGACGCGCGACGACCGCAGCUUCAGCUUCCAGACCCAGCUGGGCCCGAGCGGCCACGACGCCGGCAAGCGGGUGACCUGGAAUUCGCUCUUCUCGCCUCGCUGGCUGCCCCUCAGCGCCAGGUCCACCUACGGCGAGAUGGGCGCCAUGCAGCCCACCCGCACCGACGGGGGGCGGCCCCGGAUCAUCGUCACGCCGGCCACGUCCAGCCCGGACUUCGCCGGGGUCAGCUUCCAGAAGACGGUGAUCGUGAUGGCGAGGCAGCAGGGCAAGGUGGUGGUCCGCCACGUCUACAACUUCCACCAAAGCACCGAGGAGGUGGGAGACUUCCUGGCGGGCGCCGACCUGCAGCGCCGCGUGUCCGACUACCUGAUUGACAGCUCCCUCUAUCUGCAUAUUGUCAUCAAACCGCUCUACCAUACGCUGCUUGUUGCGAAGAAAUAG